AUAUAAUAGAUGAAAUUUAGAAUCUCAGGGGAAUAGAAGAUUGUUUUAAGACAACAGAAUGUUACGGAGGUUGAUUGUGCUGGUCUGGCUGGUUACCCUUGUCAGAUCUGUGGAUAGAUCAAGGUUUAAAACCUGUUCGCAGUCAGGGUUCUGUCAACGUUGUCGAGCUAAACAGGAAAAUGUGUUCACCCUGUCUCCUGAUAGCUUACAUAUUUCUUCAUCUACAGUCGAGGCUCUACUCAUUGAUACCAAGACUACUGUUAAAUACAAACUAGAGAUUAGUGGCCUAGCAGACAAUACAUUUAGGGUGAAGGUAACAGAAGCAUUCCCACUGAAACCAAGAUUUGAGGUUCCUUUAGUACUCCAGCAGAUUGAGCUCACUGCAAUCACUAAGCUAAGUCAAGAUGCCGACUCCUUAUCUUUUGGAUUAUCUGCGGAUACAAACAGCAAGGUGGUUCUCAACUACCAACCUUUCAGGCUAGACUUCUUCUCAGGGGGAGAACUGGUGAUGUCCGCGAACUCCCGAGGAUUGAUGAGGUUUGAACAUACUAGAGAGAAGGUGGAGGGAGAUGACCAGAAUGAAACUGAACCCGGCAUGUGGCAGGAAACCUUUGGAGGACACACAGACUCAAAACCCAAUGGACCUCAAGCAGUAGCAUUGGACUUUGCUUUCAUUGGAAUGGAGCAUGUUUAUGGAAUCCCGCAACACGCUGAUACCUUCAGUCUCAAGGAUACAACAGGAUCAGAUCCCUACAGACUCUACAACUUAGAUGUAUUCGAGUAUGAACUGUGGAACACAAUGGCGUUGUAUGCUGCUAUUCCGUUCAUGAUGGGACACAACAAACAGAAGACGACUGGAUUAUUUGUGCUGAAUGCUGCGGAGGGUUGGGUAGACAUCAAGAAGAAUAAUGAGGGUAUACUAGGCUCCUUGUCUAACAUGGUAUCCGGUAGUACCCCACAAAAACAGGUUGAGACACACUGGAUGUUUGAGUCUGGGGUUCUAGAUUUCUUUGUUCUACUGGGACCUGGUCCUAAGGAAGUUUCAAGACAAUACGGAGUUCUUACAGGAACAACACCGCUGCCCCAAGAAUUCUCUAUUGGCUACCACCAGUGCAGAUGGAACUAUAACGACCAGGGAGAUGUAGAGAUGGUUAAUUCUAAAUUUGAUGAGUUUGAUAUACCCAUGGAUGUAAUGUGGUUGGAUAUUGAACACACAGAUGGGAAGAAGUAUUUCACAUGGGACGGACGGAAAUUCCCAGAUAGUAUUGAAAUGACAGAGAACCUGGUUUCUCAUGGCAGGAAGUUGGUAACUAUAGUAGAUCCUCAUAUCAAGAAGGAUUCAGGAUACUGGGUUCACAACGAUCUUACUUCUAAGGGCCUUUACGUGAAAAAUAGUGAUGGUAAUGAUUACGAAGGAUGGUGCUGGCCAGGUUCAAGCUACUAUCCUGAUUUUCUGAACAAGGAUGCUAGAGACUACUUUGCUGAACAGUAUAAACUAGAAAAUUAUAAGGGAAGUACUCUGGAUGUUUACACCUGGAAUGAUAUGAAUGAACCGUCUGUGUUUAAUGGACCUGAAGUAACAAUGCCUAAGGAUAAAAAGCAUGGAGAAUAUGAGCACAGAGAUCUACAUAAUCAAUACGGAAUGUUGUACUCAAUAGCAACUCAUCAGGGGCAUCUUGUUAGAUCAGAUAACAAGCUAAGACCAUUUGUACUCACCAGAGCAGCUUUCGCCGGUUCUCAAAAAUAUGCAGCGAUCUGGACUGGAGACAAUACAGCUGAAUGGGGACAUCUUGAAGCAUCUGUGCCAAUGUGUCUCUCAUUUUCUGUCGCUGGGAUGGCAUUUGUCGGCGCCGACGUCGGAGGAUUCUUUGGGAAUCCUGAUGGGGAACUUAUUGUAAGAUGGUAUCAAGCCGCGGCUUUCCAACCGUUCUUGAGAGGUCACGCUCAUCUGGAUUCUAAGAGAAGGGAACCUUGGCUAUUCUCAGCAGGUGAAAUGGCCCUGAUUAGAGAAGCACUUCGAACCAGAUACUCAUUCUUACCGUUUUGGUACACUCAGUUCUAUGAAGCUGAAGUCACUGGAGUUCCUGUGAUGCGUCCUCUAUGGUACGAGUUCCCUCAGGACGAAGGAACGUUUGGACGUGAAGGAAUACACAUGGUUGGGAACUCACUUCUUGUUGCUCCUGUUCUACACAAAUCUGCUACUCAAGUGAAUGUAUACUUCCCUGGAAACCAGAUCUGGUAUGAUAUUGUGUCCUUCCAAAAGUACGAGGUCAGCGGAGAAAUUAGCAUUCAGGCUGGAUAUGAGAAAGUCCCAGUAUAUCAACGAGGGGGAACUAUUAUACCUAGGAAACAGAGAAUAAGGAGGUCGUCUGUUCUGAUGCACGAGGAUCCAAUUACUCUGCAUAUUGCCCUGGAUAAAGAACAGAAGGCAGAGGGAACUUUGUACAUUGAUGACGGACAAUCAUUCGAAUACAAAGAGGGAAAAUUUAUCUACGUUACGUUUAAGUACGAGAAAGGAACCCUAGAAGCUAAGCUGAAUCAGCCUGCAGGUAUUGAGACGAAGGUUUGGUUGGAGAAGGUUGUGAUUCUAGGGAGUGGACCGGCCAAUAACCCAGCCAAGGUUACUGACAAGACUGGUGAGAAGUAUGUUGACACUUUGUAUAAUUCCUCCACUGGAGCACUAAUCAUCAGGAAACCUGGAGUAAAUCUAGGAUCUGGGUUUACCAUCAGUCUCAACUAAGGCACAACAAACAGGCGCACCUGUCUUUAGAAGGUUCUUGUAGCAAGAACUAAACAAUCCUGCAUCUGUUAUAUAUCCAUUGUUUGCAUUUAUCUGUUUAACACAGACAAGCUGACAAAUCUUCAAACCAGAGAUUUCUGCUUCAGCUGCUGUUCACAGCUGUUUAGAACGUUUUUAAAGAGCAGGAACAGGACAGGUCGUCUUAGACACUGAAUUAUGUGAAUAAUUUUCAAAUCUGUGAUUUUAGUCCGUGUGUGAUCUUAAUGUUUAUUUUCAAUGCUGUGCAUUAAAGCGCAUCAGUGCAACAAAUAAGUCAAAUUGUAGGAAUCUUCACCAUUUUAAAUAAUGUUUUUUUUUCUGUUUUGUUAUUAUUGGAAGUUCUAUUGGUUUAUAAAAAAAUACUGUUUUCGGUUGAUCAUGCUCAGUACUCACCUUUUUUUAAAUUGUUUACAUAAAAUAUUUAAUUAAAUUGUUUAAUUAUAGAAUUUUUUUGUAAAGGUUAAGCAACUAUUAAAAGGCUAGAUAAUUAGAAACAUGAAUUAAGUAAUAAGUAUACUAUGUGAUAAUACCAACCCCCUUAUUGUGCAUUAUUUAAUUAUAUAGUUGAAACUACAUUUUUAUAUUUUAAUCUUUUUUUAACGUCCAUAAUUUUGGGCUUUAAAGUGGCCUACUUCAAUCCGAUCAUGAUAUUCUUCGGUUUCCAUUAUUUCAAGCAAACUAUUUGCUUCUUACAUAUUUGAAAUCAAUUUCGAGGUAUAUUUUCUACCCUGUAUCUACCCUUAAUAAAGCAAAUUAUUUAAUUAUUGGGGAAAAAAUCGUUUUUAAAUGCCGAAAUACCCAUAAAUUUUCCCAAGUCAAAGUCCAUUUUUUUAAAAACCUCUAUCACAUUCUUUGCAGUACACUCAAGGAAAUUUCUCUUUAUGCUUAUUUUUAAAAAUUGAUAAUCACUCCUCAGGCUCAUGAGAGGAAACAUGCACAACUUUCUACUGAAUAGGACCGUACAUUUUGUAAAGCACAGCCUGGUGAUUCUUUUUUCUUUCAGA